AUGUGCACUGCAAUGGAGACUCUGUACUCCGACAUGGACAGCUCAAGCUGUGAUUACUCAUUCUUGCAAACGGAUGAUGAGGACUCGCUGUCCCCCGCAUCCUCGUGCGGAAAGCCACCUGCAUCUCCAGCCGACAGCUUGCAGGAGGGCACAGCCGAGCUCCAGCAAAAAAAGAGGCGCAGGGGCCGCGGGAGGAACGAAGCCACAGUGCACGUGGUGAAGAAGAACCGCCGGAUGAAGGCAAACGUCCGCGAGAGGAACAGAAUGCACAACCUAAACGACGCCUUGGACGAGCUGAGAAGCGUGCUGCCUGCCUUUCCCGACGACACCAAGCUAACCAAAAUCGAGACGCUGCGCUUCGCUCACAACUACAUCUGGGCACUUUCGGAGACAAUCCGGAUCGCAGACCAGCGGCAGAUCAAGUCACGAGACGCGCCACUGCUGCUCCAGGGACUAAGUUGUGUGGCAGAGGCGCCCAGUCCGAGCAGCGACUCAUGCUCCUGGGCAUCCAGUGCAUCCACCGCGUCUUCAUCUCCGUCUUAUUGCAAUUCAGAUCCCGACAGCCCAGCAGCGAUGGACGAUUUUGGAUACUUGCAAACAAAUUUAGUGUACAGCUACCGGAACUUCGUGCCUAGCAUCUAUUAA